UUUCCGGAAAAUGGCAAUGGGCAUCACGAGCAGCAGAAGCGCCGGCCGUUGGGCGUAAAUUAAAAUUAAAUUCAAAUGGAAAAGUGUCGUCGCCGCGACCUGGACUCUGAUCCGCAGUCGGAGGCAGGGACAACCGGCGACGGUGUUGGAGCUGGAGGCAGAGUCGUGGGCAUUGGCCAUUGGCACGUCUGUCGGUUUAUGCAACAUUUUAGCAAUUAUAUUCGCGUCGGGCGACAUUACAACGGCAAUUACACGCAGGAGCCGCAGAACAUGCCCGUGGGCGGAUCCACGGAGUUUGUGGAGGGGGGUGUGGCACUCCGUCCGGCACUCUGGCAUUCUGGCAUUCCGGCUUACUGGCAUUCUGGCAUUCCGGCGUCCCUGUCAUCGUCACGUGGAGCGGCAACGUGAUCAACUGACGCACGGCUCUGAUGGACGACAGUCGCCGCCGCAGAGGGUCCUGUCAUUGGCAGACUGGCUAAAUGUCUGACUGCCUGAAUGGCUGGCUGAAUGGGCCACCGGCCGGUUGACUGACUCGGAUGACAGGACAUGGAGUGCAGGACAAAAAUAUUUCAGCUUAAUAACUGAAGUGACGGCACUGAGCAGUUCCUUUCGCACAGGG